CUCUCGGGGUAUUUGCUUGAAGAAACGAAGAAGAGGGAAGGGGCGCCGGCGUUGCGGCGUCACUCUUAGCAGUACGCAGCCGCGUGGAAGCCGCCUCCUUCUUAGCCUGCCUGGCAUCACCGUGGAGAACCUCCUCCGUCGUCUCCACCCCGAAGGUGCCUAGUGGCUAGUUCGGGACACGCCUUCUCCCGGCCCCCAAUUCCAAAUGAUCCGCGGCAGCCGCUGUCUUGCGAGGAUAGUAACAACAAAGCUAUUCUGGGAGGCACGUGGGCGUCCGCAGGUCUAUUCUCGGUCUGGGGAAGAACAGCUGCCAGCGGCGCGGAGGCAAGGCAGGGCGCUUCGCCUUGGAGGCAUCUCCCCAACUGAUUACAAAAUACAGGAAGUCAAUGGUGACAACAGCCAGUGGAAGAAAGGGGCAUUUCCUCCUCCUCCAAAGGGUGAAGCCAGCAGGAUGACUCACCAGGGGGCUGUCCUACAAGGCUAUAACAAUGAACUUGUGAAAUGUAUAGAAGACUUGUGUAUGCAAAGGGAAGAGCUGAACAAGCAGAUAGUGGAAGCAGAAGAGGAAAAGAAUAAGAUCCAGGAUGAAGUUGAAAUGCUGACAAAACAGUUGGACUGUGUGUGUGAAAGCUUAGCAUGGAAAAAUGCUACCCAGAAGAAACUUGAUGAACUCCUUGCUGAAACACAGUUGGCUUAUGAGAAGAUCUUGGAAAGUUCCAGAAUGCUGCUGAAUGUUUUGAAAACAGAAAUGGGGAAUUUAGACAAAAUUGUAGUGCUAAACAGUAAUGUGACUGGAGCCAUUCAAAUGUUUGGGCUCCAACAAACCCAACAUUAGGCUUAGUGAAAAGUUAUACAAGAAAUAUUUGAUCCUUUGAUCUCAAAUUUUAUUAGCGUUUUUCCUAUGUAUCAGUGGUAUUUUUUGUGAAAUUGAGGAAGCAAUAAAUACACAAGUUGAAAUUAAGUUCUUAAAAACUAGUUGCUUAACCUAAAAUUAUUGUAGAUGCUGCCAGCACUACGAGUUAGAUCCUACUGCUGUGUAAUCCAAGGGCUGAGUCCAACAGCUGCUGGAUCAACAAAUAAAGUAAUUAAGAUUUGACAUGCCACUGGCUGUGUCAGAGCAACAGCAUAAUAUCUACCACUGUUUCUGGAACUGAGAGGAAGAAUUGGUGUGUAAAUGUUUGUGAUUCCAGUAGUGUUUCUUUGGGUGAUGUGGGCAGAAUUCAGGAUACAACAGUUAGGUAAAUCUUUCUGAAUUUGUCCACUUAUUUGUUGUUGCAAGCUUCUACUUAACCACUUCACAACUGUGUACACUAGCAACUGCUAAUAUGGUGACCUCCAGUUGUUGUGCCCCAAAACUUCCAUUAUCUUUGGCCAUUGGUCAAGCUGGCUGGCACUGAUGGGAGCUAUAGCCCCCAACAGUGAACACUGAUGUAUACAAUCACUUAUGUAACACUUUCUUGUUUAUAUAUCUGUCUGAUUUUUUGAAAUGUACUAAUAUACCUCAUCAAUGACCUUAA